AUGGACAGCCGAGGGAGGAGAGGAACUAACGGAUCGGUGAAACGCUCGUCCAUCAAACGCAGCGCUUCUUCUGGAUCACAGAGGAAUCAGAGAGCAUGGAUUGAGAGAACCUUCCAGAAGAGGGAAUGUAUCCAGAUUAUUCCCAGCAAAGACGCCAGCAGGUGCAGUUGUGGUCAGCUGGUGGCGCAGCACAGCGCCGUCCCUCAGGUGGCCAAAGAGGAGGGUGCCCCCCUGGUUCAGCUGGAGACCCAACCUACAGAGAGAUGGAGCCCCCUCAAGCACACCCAGACCUACCCAACUGACGCCUACGGAGUCAUCGAGUUCCAGGGAGGAGGGCAUGUCAACAAGUCCAUGUAUAUACGGGUCUCCAACGACUCUAAACCUGACAACCUGCUACACCUGAUGGUGAAGGACUGGCAGCUGGAGCUUCCCACUCUGCUAAUUUCUGUCCAUGGGGGCUUACAAAACUUCGAGCUGCAGCCCAAACUGAAGCAGGUUUUUGGGAAAGGACUGAUCAAAGCGGCUGUGACCACCGGAGCCUGGAUCUUUACCGGAGGAGUCAGCACUGGAGUGAUUCGUCAUGUUGGAGAUGCUCUCAAAGAUCACUCAUCAAAGUCCAGAGGGAAAGUCUGCGCCAUUGGCAUUGCACCAUGGGGCAUCGUCGAAAACAAAGAAGACCUCAUCGGAAGAGACGUAAAUCGCCCCUAUCAGACCAUGUCGAACCCACUCAGCAAGCUGUCAGUCCUGAACAGCAGCCACUCCCACUUCAUUCUGUCAGAUAACGGAACAAACGGGAAGUAUGGAGCCGAGGUCCGACUUCGCCGGCAGCUGGAGAAACACAUUGCUCUGCAGAAGAUCAACACACGUCUGGGUCAGGGUGUCCCUGUGGUGUGUCUAAUACUGGAGGGGGGUCCAAACGUCAUCUCUAUCGUGUUGGAGAGUCUGAAAGAGGAGCCUCCGGUUCCAGUUGUCAUCUGUGACGGGAGCGGCCGCGCCUCUGACAUCCUUUCCUUUGCACACAGAUACAGUGAGGAUGACGGGUUGGUGAAUGAAAGCGUCAAAGAUCAGCUGCUGGUCACCAUCCAGAAAACCUUCAACUACAGCCGCAGUCAGGCGCAGCAAAUCCUCCUCAUGGUGAUGGAGUGUAUGAAGAAGAGAGCACUGAUCACAGUGUUUAGGAUGGGCUCAGAGGGACAGCAGGAUAUUGAGAUGUCCAUCCUGACCGCUCUGCUUAAAGGUACCAAUGCAUCAGCGUCUGAUCAGCUGAGCUUGGCUCUGGCCUGGAACAGAGUGGACAUCGCUCGCAGUCAGAUCUUUGUGUACGGACUCCACUGGCCUCCUGUAUCUGCUGCUGUGAAUGACCGGCCUAGAAGUCCUGCACCGCAGCGAGCACCAGCAGGAGGAGGAGGGGGGAAAGGGAAAGCCAGAGGGAAGAAAGGAAAAGGAGCCAAAGCCAAACCUGAACCACCUGAGGAAACUGACCCCAGGAAACUGGAGCUGCGUAACUGGGUGAACUCUCUGGAACAGGCCAUGAUGGACGCUCUGGUGUUGGACAGGGUGGACUUUGUGAAGCUGCUGAUUGAGAACGGAGUGAACAUCCAUCACUUCCUGACUAUUCCUCGUCUGGAGGAGCUGUACAACACGAAGCUGGGACCGGCCAACACGCUGCACUUUGUGGUCCGAGACGUUAAAAAAGGGAAUCUUCCUCCAGACUAUCAGAUCACAUUGAUCGAUAUCGGCCUGGUGCUGGAGCUCUUGAUGGGCGGAGCUUAUCGCUGCAAAUACACCAGGAAGAGCUUCAGGACACUGUACAACAACCUGUACGGCCUCAAGAGACCUAAAGCUCUGAAGCUUCUUGGGAUGGAGGACGACGAGCCUCGUGCGAAGGGGAAAGGAAAGAAGAACAAGAAGAAAGAGGAGGAGGUGGACAUUGACGUGGACGACCCCGAGGUAAGCAGGUUCCAGUACCCGUUCCACGAGCUGAUGGUGUGGGCCGUGCUGAUGAAGCGCCAGAAGAUGGCGCUGUUCCUGUGGCAGCGAGGGGAGGAAGCCAUGGCCAAAGCCCUGGUGGCCUGUAAGCUCUACAAGGCCAUGGCUCACGAGUCGUCACAGAGCGAGCUGGUGGACGACAUCUACCAGGACCUGGAGAACAACUCCAAGGAGUUCGGUCAGCUGGCCUACGAGCUGCUCGAUCAGUCGUACAAACACGACGAGCAGGUGGCCAUGAAGCUGCUGACAUACGAGCUGAAGAACUGGAGUAACUCCACCUGUCUGAAGCUGGCCGUCGCCGCCAAACACAGAGACUUCAUCGCGCACACCUGCAGCCAGAUGCUGCUGACCGACAUGUGGAUGGGCUGUCUGAGGAUGGGCAAGAGCAACAGCCUCAAGGUGAUUUUAGGGAUCGUUUUCCCUCCGGCCAUUCUCCUCCUGGAGUUUCGUCUCGGAGAUGAAACUUCUUUUCAUUCCUCAAGAGACAACGAGGAGGGAAAAACCAAAGAGGACGACAACAAAUCCAGCAAGGACGCCGUCUCAAACGUGGACGCAACGUCCAAGAAAGGAGACGACGAGGAAGAGCAGAAGAACCCGAAAAAGAGGACGCCCAUCGGGAGGAAGAUUUACGAGUUUUACAACACUCCCUUCACCAAGUUCUGGUUUAACACGAUCUCCUACCUGGUGUACCUGAUGUUGUAUAACUACAUCAUCCUGGUGAAGAUGGAGCGAUGGCCGUCUCUGCAGGAGUGGAUCGUCAUCUCUUACAUCAUCACUCUGGGGCUGGAGAAAGUCCGGCAGAUCCUGAUGUCGGAGCCGGGGAAGCUGAAGCAGAAGAUUAACGUUUGGCUGGAGGAUUACUGGAACAUCACAGAUCUGGCGGCCAUCUCCGUCUUCCUGCUUGGUUUACUGCUGCGGCUGCAGAGCGAGCCCUCCAUGGGCUACGGGCGAGUCAUCUACUGCGUCGACAUCAUCUUCUGGUACAUCCGAGUCCUCGACAUCUUCGGAGUCAACAAGUACCUGGGACCAUACGUCAUGAUGAUCGGCAAAAUGAUGGUGGACAUGCUGUACUUUGUGGUCAUCAUGCUGGUGGUGUUGAUGAGCUUCGGUGUAGCUCGGCAGGCCAUCCUCCACCCGGACGAGGAGCCCACCUGGCGUCUGGCCCGAAACAUCUUCUACAUGCCGUACUGGAUGAUUUACGGGGAGGUGUUUGCAGACUCCAUAGACCUUUAUGCGAUGGAAAUCAAUCCUCCAUGUGGAGACAACCUGUACGAUGAAGACGGGAAGAAACUUCCUCCCUGUAUCCCCGGAGCCUGGCUCACUCCGGCCAUCAUGGCCUGUUACCUGCUGGUCGCCAACAUCCUGCUGGUCAACCUGCUCAUCGCCGUGUUCAACAACACGUUCUUCGAGGUGAAGUCCAUCUCCAACCAGGUGUGGAAGUUCCAGAGGUAUCAGCUGAUCAUGACCUUCCACGACCGCCCCAUCCUGCCUCCCCCCCUCAUCAUCAUCCCCCACAUCUGCAUUGUCCUGAAGAGGCUGUGCUGCCGCUGCAGAUGGAGGACGGAGGGAGAGCACGACGACCGGGAGAGACGACUCCAGCUGGUGCUGAAUGCCGAUGAGCUGAAGAGUCUGCACGAGUUCGAGGAGCAGUGUGUGGAGGAAUAUUUCAGAGAGAAAGACGACGAGAAACAAUCCUCCAACAACGAGAGGAUCAGAGUCACAUCAGAGAGGGUGGAGAACAUGUUCAUGCGUCUGGAGGAGGUCAACGAGAGGGAGCACUCGAUGAAGGCGUCCCUGCAGACGGUGGACCUUCGUCUGGCUCAGCUGGAGGAGUUCUCCAGUCGCAUGAUGAACGCUCUCGAGAAGCUGGCGGGCGUCGACCGGUCCGAGCUCAUCCGCACGCGCUCCAGAGGAUCGUCCGUGUGCGAGCCGGCUGCUCUGCUUCGACACGGCAGCAUCAACAGCACAGACGGCUACAGUCUGUACAGAUACCAGCUGGACCAUGACGACAGGGUCUCUGUGACCGGAGACUUGGAGGGACACGACAGGAGGGUUCAGCAGAGUCCAGAGAGACGAGAGGGACACACAGAGGGCAGAAACACGGCAGGUGAAGUGAAGGAGUUCGGGUCAACUCUUGAAGUGGUGGGACGUAAAGGGAGGGCUCAGUCUCUGUCCAAUGUGGACAUCCUGAUCUCCCUCUGUGACCCCGGCAGCAGUCCAGGUUCUCCUAAACCUUACUCCACAGCUGCUAGUGUGGAGAAACCAGCAGAGAAAACUCGACUGGAAGCGACUGUAUCCUUCCCUUUGGAUACGUCAAAGUUCACUCAGAGGGGGAGACAGGUGACAGUAACCAUGGUGAGGGAGGGGAGGGAGGAGGGGACGGAGGAGGAGGAGGAGCUGCUGUUGGGGGAGGACAGGUUGUACCCGACGCUUCGCUCCAAGAGUCUGAACAUAAACCCGAAGAAGAAGAGGACGAAGACGAAGGAGGUGGAGGAGAUGCCCCGCUCGGCCAGCAGCGUCGAAGAACUGGUGUCUGCGUUCAGCGGUGAGACGGAGGGGGUUCGGGUCAGGAGCAGGUCCAAAGAUAGGUUAACCUAAAGAACUGAGGGGACUCUGGACUUUUAACACUGUGUUUAUACUUCCAUAUUUCCAAAGAGAGCGGACUAAAAGACUGAAUGUUGGCUGUUUCUGGAAGUGGUGAACAUAAAGACAAUCGUAGGGUGAAUCUGCCGCUGACCUCUUUAUGGCGCUUUAUUCUGGGUUUCAUGUGAUCAUUAAGCUGUUUGUCCACACUCCACAGGCAGACUUUCAGAAAACAGUAAAUAUGUAUACAACUAAAUUUGGCAGGAAAAAGGAAAACGCUUCAUAUAACCAAAAUACCAUAAAAUGAGAGAGAUAACAAACAUGUUCAAUCAAGGUUUCUGCCAAGGUAUUGCAAGCCUAAAAGACUACAAAAAUGUCUGAGAAAACUACAAUACAUACAAACUUCAGAACAAUGCACAGAGACUACAAAAAGUUGAACAAUAUAUACAAAAGAGAUGCAGAAUGACAAAUUAGGGAUGCAAAAUGUCUUCUAUGAGCUACAAAACAAAUACAAAGGAAAAAGAAAAAUAACUUAAACUAAAUAAGAAGAACGACUGCCUAUAACAAAACUAAUGACAGAGAUGCAAAAUGGUAAGAGAUUUAAAAACCUGAAAAUGGAUGGGAAAUACCUAGAAAUAGAUGAAUGCCACAAUGACAAAGAAAGGAAGACAAAAUGCCUAUAAAACAUAAAAAUGACAGAGAUGAAAAAGGUUUACAUAGAGCUGAAGAAAAGGGAUGCAAAAUUACCUCAAGGAGAUAAAAAACUUCAAUAUGGAUGCAAAAUGCCUACGAGAUAAAUAAUAAAUGUCAAGGGAUGUAAAAUGUCUACAAAAACCUGUAAUUUAUCUACAUAGAGAUGCAGAAUGACAAAGUUACUUUAAAGAGAUACAAAUAACCUCUAAAUGCAUGCAAAACACCUAAUAUUAUAUUAAUAUGUAAUGCCUGCCAAGAUGAUGCAAGAUGGCUAC